AUGGACACAAGCUCCGUGACAGCUGCCAAAAAGAUGUUGGACGCAUCAAUUGUUACACCUACCACUGACGCCAUCGACGUACCUCUAGUGACCGCUGCCAACAACAAGUUUGCUUUGGACCUCUUCAAGAUUCUCUACGACGGAAACCAGAACCAAAACACGUUUGUUUCACCUUUUAGCAUUUCUGUUGCUCUGGCCAUGACCCAUUUAGGAGCUCGCGAGGAAACAGCUCAAGGAAUGGCUAAAGCCUUGCGCUGGGAGACAGAUGACGAGACGAAACUCCAUGAGCAGUUCCAGGCUUACGUCACACAGCUACAGACACCAAAUGAUCAAUACCAGCUGUCAACUGCCAAUAGGAUCUACAUAGAAAAAAGCUAUGCAGUUUUAGACGAGUUCAAAAACAAAACCAAGAAAUAUUAUAAUGCAGAGCCAGUGAGUUGUGAUUUUAAGACUGACGCCGACAACCAAAGACUUCACAUGAACCGCUGGGUCUCAGAACAAACACAGAACAGGGUCAAUGACCUUCUGGCCCCUGGAAUUGUGAACGAGGUUACCCGGAUGUUGAUAGUUAACGCCAUCUACUUCAAAGGUUUAUGGGAGAGAAAGUUCGAUGAAGCUAAAACCAAGUUAUCGCCCUUUAAAGUGAAGCCUGGCCUGACUAAAGACGUGCACAUGAUGUCCAUCAAACACGAAUACUCAACCACCGUCAGCAGUGAACUCGGGUGUACGGCUGUGGAAAUACCAUACAAGGGGAGAAAACUGUCUAUGGUUGUUAUUCUCCCUAGUGAAGACUUCGGCCUACAGAACCUUGUCCAUACCUUGACUAAUGAGAAACUUAACUCUCUGCUUGCUACACUGUCGAGUUCCAAACGUGAAGUCCAGCUGUCUCUUCCAAAAUUUGAAGUCACCAGCAGCGUGGAACUAAAAGAACCGCUGUGUACGCUGGGCAUGGCGCAGGCGUUCGAUGGUUCUCGCGCCAACUUCACUGGCAUCUCCUCCACCCCAGGCCUGUCUCUGCAGGCGGCUGUCCACAGAGCGUAUGUCAAGGUCACCGAGGAAGGGACGGAAGCUGCGGCUGCCACAUCCGCAGCUGUGGUGGUAGCCGUGUGUCUCCGGCUCCCGUGUGUGGUGAAUGUGGAUCACCCUUUCAUGUUCCUUAUCCGUGAGGGCGGAGCCGGAGGGAAUAUUUUAUUUAUGGGGUGCGUUACAGACCCAUCUCGAUAG